AGCGAACCAUCUCGGUUAUUUGUUUCUUCCGGUUUUGCUUUCGUUUCUAGCUAGAUCAACAUUAAAAAAAAGUGAAAUAAGUUUACCAAAAGCAUUGCCAUGUCGUUUUGCUCUUGGUCAAAAGCAGAACAUUAUCGGGAUCACUUUGAAACAGGAACUUAUGUAUGUGCAAAAUGUGGAUAUGAACUCUUCAGUAGUCGAUCGAAAUACCAGCACUCUACCCCAUGGCCUGCAUUUACAGAAACUAUCAAUCCUGAUAGUGUGCAGAAAAUUCCUGAAUCAUCUACGGCAAUAAAAAUACUAUGUGGUAAAUGCAAGCAUAGUCUUGGUCAUGAAUUUAUCGGUGAUGGACCUCGUGAGGGUCAAUCAAGAUUUUGAAUUUACAGUUCAGCUCUCAGAUUUGUAUCAAAAGAUGCUACUGAGAAAGCUGAGGCAAACUAAAGCUGCUGUACUGUUGCCUAAUGUUAUGACAUGGUCUGGUCAGAGCCUUUAUUGGAAAGCCAGAUCAUUGAUUUUUUAAUUAGGUCUAAUUAAUGAUAAU